AUGGCGGCUACGUAUGCCAACAUGCUCAAGUUCUGCCUAGUAACAGCCAUUCUUAUUGCUGGAUCGAGGUCGGAAGAAUCCGACAAAGAAGACGCAAGUGCCCCCAAGUAUAACAUUCGCCUGGCCAACGGGACCAGCUUCGAAAUUACCACGCAUGGCUUUCAAGAGUUCUCAAAGGGCAACAACUCCGUAGAAAUUGUCAAGUUCAACAAGUGCGCUAGGGACCUGUACGACCGCGUCCAGUCAAAUAUCACAGAUCACCUGCGCAUCAGAGACGUCGGUGAGCUGGGACCUGCGUUGCGAAACCUGUCUUCGCUUCACCGGCUGAACGGCAACAUCGUCAAGAACCUCGAAGCUUUGCAAAACAGCUUCCAGAGGCUGCGCCUGCCACCUUCCGGUGGCGCGUCAGGCAUCGAACCCUUGCAGCGAACACUGCAGUCGGCCAGCGAAGCCUUCCGCAACAUGUCCAAGUCGGUGACGUCGGGCGCCGCUCUGCAGACAGUGGUGCAUAACUUCAACCGAACGUUGCAAACAUUCAACAGCAUCGCCACGGCAGGCGUGAAUGCCAUGACGCCCACGGCCAAUCAGCUCGUGCAUCGCUUCCAGGAAGACUUGAAGAACAUCCAAAACGUCACCCGGUCGUUGCCCAGGACUGACGUGGCGCGGCUCACGGAGCAGACGAGGGGCAACCUGACCUUGCUGGUGCGCAACCUGACCGGCGCUCUGCCUGUGCUCAUGCGAAGGAUGGCCACACAGGGAGCCGAGAGCACGCGGCUACUGAGGGAAUUUGUGACCGCGCUAUCACACAAUCUCAGGAAUGCCUCGUUGGCUCUCUCAAACAGUGGAAACCCGAGUGGAAACUCCACUGGCAGCACCCUCCCAACGGCCAGUCACGACCUCCUGCAGGCGUACGACGGCUUCCAGUUGGCCGUCAACAACGGAAUGCUCGCGAUGUCCGACUUGGUGCGCGGAUCGCUGAAGCUCGUCAACCCGGCCAACUGGCACGUUGGCCGCGUCGGGCUUGGCGCCGGAGAUGGACAAACGCCACAAGCUGGCAUCAACAAGUUCAUCGGGCAGCUCUUCAGGAGGAGAGGCUAGGCGUGUGUAGCAUAGUUUCAGGUGUUUACAUUUUUUUCUCACGUGACG